UGGUUACAGUACUGUUGCACCAUGUGAGGUGAUCUCAACUGCUCUCUUCUUGGCAUUAAAGUUGCUUUCUUUCCCACCACAUUUAUUUCACAUACCAAACCACUUCCCAUAUAUCAUUACUCUCUCUCUCUCUUUUAUCUGCCCAUUUAUUCUCUCUCCUCUUCUGUUAGAUCUCACUCCCUAGUGGGAGAGAGAAAGAGAGAGUAUGGCUCCAGUUCAAGAGAAUUUCUGCCAAAUGAAGAAGCUGCUAAAUGCAUGUCUACUCCUAGUUUUCAUCACUUCAACAUUGAUUUCCACAGCUCAAUCUCAAAAUCACCACCUUUUUAGCAGAUCAAGAUUGCUCCUUGAGUUAGAAGAUGACAGCAGCAGCAGCAAUGAUCAGCCAAUCAUCACCAAGAAAACCACCACAACCACCAAAAACCACUCAAAACUCAUCAAACCAUCUUCCUCAAAUUCAUCCAAGAAUCAAACCAAACUCACCAAAACCCCAAACCUCUCUCCCAAAAACCAAACCAAACUCCCCAAAACCCCAAACCCUUCUCCCAAAAACCAAACCAAACUCUCCAAAAACCAAACCAAAGACUCAGCCUUUGAGGGGAUCACCAAGAACCAAACAAAACUCAUAAAAUCACUCCCAAAUCCCCCCAAAAACAAGACCACCAAAACCACCCCUUCAUCACCCACAAACCCCAAAUCCCAGAUCAAGAAACCCUCAGACCAAUCCAAGAUCAAAACUUUAACCAAAACCCAGAUCAAGAAACCCUCAGACCAAUCCAAGAUCAAAACUUUACCAAAAACCCAUCACCACAAGGCUCUAGAAGAGCCAGAAGAAGAAGACCUCGUUUCAGAAUUCACAGACCUCCCAUCAAAAUUCCAAGAAACAUUCCUCCCAGACAUGGAGAGAAUCUCCAAAACCUCCAAAACCUACCUCAACAAAUACAACUCCCAAUUCACAACCAACUUCAAACCCUACGUCGGAAGCCGCUACGCCUCCACCGCCGCCUCCGCCAUCUCUUUCGCAUUCAUCACAAUCCCACUAAUCCUCGUCUCCCUCCUCUUCACCAAGAUCACCGCCUACUUCUCCCUCCAAAAACUCAUCCUCUUCAUCCAAAUCUACCUCUCCAUAUACUUCUCAAUCCUCUCCAUAGCCGCAUUGGCCACCAAUCUGGAGCCCCUGAGGCUAUUCUACGCGGCGGCGCAGUCGGCCUACAUGGCGGUGCAGGUGCUGCAAACCCUAGGGUACGUGUUGUACCUGCUGCUGCUGAUCAUGUACCUCGUGCUGGUGUUCUCGACGGAGAGUGGCGCGGCGGCGAGGGCACUGGGGCUGGGGCAGACGGCGGUGGGGCUCGCGGUGGGGCUGCAUUACUACACCGCGGUGUUCCAUCGGGCCGUGCUGCGCCAGCCGCCGAGGGCCAGCUGGAAGGUGCAUGCGGUUUACGCCACGUGUUUCGUUGUGAUUUGUUCGCUGGGGAGGCUUGAUAGGAGGAAGAAGGCUUAUUUGGAAGAGGGUGGUGAGGAGGGGAAGAAGAGUUAACUUUUUUUUUUAAAUGGGGAAUUUAUAAUUAUAUGAAUCAUAUUCAAAGUAAUUUAUUGUGGUUAUAAUUGUUAUUUAUAUGAAAGGAUUUCAUUUGAGUUAA